CUGAUGUGCUGCAGUAUGUGGCGACGCGCGCCCCCUAGUGUUCACUGUAACGCCCGCCACGGUGCCGUGUGUACUACGGCCGCGACAGACGGCGAGGGGGAGGCAGAGAGCUGGGAGCUCCGGAUCCAUCUUCAUGAGCAGAGAGGCGAGAGAGAGCGAGUCCCGGCUUCACUUCUCCAAAGCGGCUGCGUCUUGCGUGAUUCGUGCCAGGGAGCCCAAGGAGGGGGCUGUGUCAGCGUCUGUAGGAUGUCCCGACAUGAAGGUGUCAGCUGUGAUGCAUGUUUAAAAGGAAACUUCAGAGGUCGCAGAUACAAGUGCUUAAUUUGCUACGACUAUGACCUUUGUGCAUCUUGUUAUGAGAGUGGAGCUACAACAACGAGACAUACAACAGAACAUCCAAUGCAGUGUAUAUUAACAAGGGUAGAUUUUGAUUUGUAUUAUGGUGGGGAAGCUUUUUCAGUAGAACAGCCACAGUCAUUUACGUGUCCUUAUUGUGGGAAAAUGGGUUAUACGGAGACAUCAUUACAAGAACAUGUUACUUCAGAACAUGCAGAAACAUCAACAGAAGUGAUAUGUCCAAUAUGUGCAGCAUUACCAGGUGGAGAUCCCAAUCAUGUCACAGAUGACUUUGCAGCCCAUCUUACACUUGAACACAGAGCUCCUAGAGAUUUAGAUGAAUCCAGUGGUGUUCGGCACGUACGUAGGAUGUUUCACCCUGGUCGGGGUUUGGGAGGACCUCGAGCACGUAGGUCAAACAUGCACUUUACUAGCAGCUCCACUGGUGGUCUCUCGUCGUCACAGAGUUCUUCAUAUUCUCCAAGCAAUAGGGAAGCAAUGGAUCCUAUAGCAGAGCUUUUAUCGCAGUUAUCAGGGGUAAGGCGCUCAGCAGGAGGACAACUAAAUUCUUCCGGGCCAUCGGCCUCCCAGUUACAGCAAUUGCAGAUGCAGUUGCAACUGGAAAGGCAGCAGGCACAGGCUGCACGACAGCAACUUGAGUCUGCACGGAAUGCAACAAGACGAACUAAUACAAGCAAUGUCACCUCCACAGUAACGCAAUCCACAGCAACGACAAAUGUAACGACCACAGAAAACAAUCAGCAUAAUACGCAGAGUUCUCAGUUUCUCCUGACACGGUUAAAUGAUCCUAAGAUGUCAGAGGCAGAGCGGCAAUCUUUGGAAAGUGAGCGUGCAGAUCGUAGCUUGUUUGUCCAAGAGCUCCUUCUCUCCACUUUGAUGCGGGAAGAAAGUUCCUCCUCAGAUGAGGAUGAACGGGGGGAAUUUGCUGAUUUUGGUGCUAUGGGUUGUGUAGAUAUUAUGCCUUUAGAUGUUGCUUUAGAAAACCUAAAUUUAAAAGAGAGUAAUAAAGGAAAUGAGCCUCCGCCACCUCCUCUUUGAUGACAUCCCACUUCGCAGACAAUGUCCUCUGUGCUGUAACUGCCAAUGAAAGUGGACAAACAGCUAUCUUUGGGUUUGGUUUGGUGAUUGUAAUUUCAGGUCUGUCACUCUUGUUACAUUGUGUACAUUGAAAAAGGAACGAGAGAAAUAUAUAUAAAUAUAUAUAUAAAAGAUAAUCAAUUCCACUUAACUAAUUUUUACUUCUAGCAGGAAAAUGUAGGUAGCAGUUUCAGAGGCAGAAUCUGCUUCCAGGUCCUUGACAUGCAAAAAAAAAAGGCUCUCCUAAUACUCCACAUUCAACCUGAAGAGGAAACAAAACAUGAUAAAAAAAAUCUCUAAUGAAGCUGCUGUGUGUAUUUAUGAAUAUUAAUGAAUAAAGACUGCUUGGAUGGUUUACCUUAACUACUGCAUGAGGUUUUUUGCAGCGUGCAUGAGUUUUAGUGACCAUUUCUUUUAAAAAAUAUAUUGAAAAGGAAAUCCAACAAAUUUGAAACUCCCAAAGCAUUCUCUAAACCUCAUUUUAAAAGGUUACCUGAUCAACUCUGAGAAAACAAAGCAGAAAACUAGCCAACAUGUGCAAAGGACAAUUUCUGAAAACUGCAAUAUCUGAUGCUUAGAGAGAAACAUCUCAUCAUACAGUUCCUAUUUUGCAGCCUAUUGUAAGGCAACGUCUGCCAGUGCUAUCUGUCAUUUCACUCCAGUGUGACAUUGCUGUCUGUGACUGGUUUCUAUGACCUUGUUAGUCCCACAGUGUCUGUCAUUCUUUCAGCACUUCCACUGAACGCCUGAAGAUCUGUAUCAGCCCUAGGCUGAAUUUGAGAACUGCUGCAAAGGGCAAGUGAGAUGCCCAAAUGAAGACUCUUCUAACAUCGCAAGUGUUCAUAGUUACUUCAGAGGUUUUUUUUUUGUUUUUUUUUUUUGUUUUUUUUUUUAAACAUUGUUAUGUUUAAAGAAAUUAUAUCAAACUGUUGGAAAAAAAUGUUUUAAUCCAGAUGUAGAAUCUUCACUUAGUGUACAGAAAAGGAGAUUUUUUUUUUUAUUGAGUAGGGCCUCUGUGCUUUAUAGAACUUUACCCUACAUAUUAAUUUUUGCCAUUUCAUAUUUAUGUAAUGUACUUUAGGUUGUGAAGAAAACUUCAUAUCAAGAAAGAAUAAGGAUUAUGACAUUGAGGCUGUUCAAGUCAGUUAUAAAGCAUUUGACUAUUUGCUAAUAUUAGCACCUUUAUAUUUAUUGUUUUUCCUGUUUUUGGUUUUGAUUUUUCUGAAGUGAAAGUUUUAAAACGCCUUUUGAUGGAAUCAUGCAACCUACAUGCCUAUACUCUUAAUUCUUUAUGUAAAAUACAAGAUGUAUAUUAUAAUUGUGCGUAUACUUUCAUAAUGGUUCUUAGAACAGGGACAGCUAUUACCUUUUUGAAUGUAAAGUUAGAACCCAACGACAAUAAAAACUGCGCACAGCUUUUGAUUAAGUUAUCACUAGCUCUUAUCAAUCGUAUUUUUCUACUAUUCUUGUGUCUGUCUUUUGCACAUCAGAUCCACACUAAAGUUCUAAUUUCUGCUCAAGACCCCUUCCAGCAGUUCAUUUUCACUAAAUCUCUGCACACCAGUGAGCAGUUUGGGCAGUGUAAUUUAUGCACCUAGUUAUUGUUUUCAUACUGAAAAACAUUUUAUAUAAUUGGAAAUUGUGGAGGUGGUUUUUUUGUUAUUUUAAUGAACAGCUUUAGUUUUUAAGAUCAUCAAAUUUAAUGUUGGGUUUCACUUUUUAUCUUUCUGUACUGUAAUUCAUGUUUGUUUUUAAGAGAGGCCCACAUACUGUACACUAAUAUAUAACUUAUUUUAUUAUGUAGUGUAGUCCCUGAAACUUUUUUACAUCUGCGACAAACAUGCACCAUAUAUUUUUUGUUCAGUUUCUUAGCACUCUUUUUGAAACCGUUUUAUCGUUGCAUCCUGUCAGAUAAUUCUUGAUAACUGCUAAUAUGAAAAGACUUGAUUUAAGGGUGAUUCAGGGUAACUUGGGAGAAUGCACAACCAAAGUUUUAGUCAUCUUGUGCACAGUCUCAGCCUAAAGCACAGAGGGGAAAGUUGGCAAAAAUCAUUCAGUGUUCCUGAUUUAGGAAUGUUCAUGUUCUUGUAAUCCAUAAGCAAACAACCUUACCAUAAGAUGGUAUAGUUUAAUUUCAGUUAUUGGAACUGCCUUAAAUAGAAGUAAUUAUUAACACAGCAUCUACAUCCAUUAUUAUUAUUUUUUUUUUUUUUUUUUCUUUAAGCGGUUGCCAUUUUUUAACAUGAUAUUCACUUUGGGCACUUUAUCAACAUUAAACAUUCGGAUAGCUUUUACACAUGUUAUAAUAGGUGUUCUAGUGCUGUACCUGUUUCAUAAUCCUUAAUUAAACAUUGAUUUCAUGA